CCGAAGCCGGGGUUGUGCUCAUGUGACCGCUGGCGGCACAGGGCUGGGGCUACUGAGAAGUGGCUGCAACUGCUGCCGCUUUUGCCCGUUUUUGGAACUGGGUAACAAGCGAGAGAGACCGGAGGAUUCGCUCCUCUCAAGGAUGCGAAGCCGCCUCGCCCCAAACAGAUGAUGGCGAUACGAGAGCUGAAAGUCUGUCUGCUUGGAGAUACUGGAGUUGGCAAAUCAAGUAUAGUUUGUCGAUUUGUUCAGGAUCAUUUUGACCACAAUAUUAGCCCUACUAUUGGAGCUUCUUUUAUGACUAAAACAGUCCCUUGUGGGAAUGAGCUUCAUAAAUUUCUAAUCUGGGACACAGCAGGUCAGGAGAGGUUUCAUUCACUGGCACCCAUGUACUAUCGUGGAUCAGCAGCAGCUGUUAUAGUUUAUGACAUAACUAAGCAGGAUUCAUUUCAUACACUGAAGAAGUGGGUAAAAGAAUUAAAAGAACAUGGUCCUGAAAACAUAGUAAUGGCUAUUGCUGGAAACAAGUGUGACCUUUCUGAUAUUAG